AUGGAGGAAGAUGACGAUGACCUCUACGGCCCAACCGACGCGGUACCUAACCAAACACAUCGAGCCUCCGAGGCCCAAAAUUCUGAAAAGCAGGGAGAUGUAGGCAUGGCGGAAGUGGAAGAAUAUGAGGAGGAAGAGGAAGAAGAUGACGAAGACGACUUUAAGAUCAUCACCGAAGCUCCGCCGGAAGUAGCAGCUGAGCUUGCUGCACAACUCCCUCGCCAUACUCCAUACCGCAGCGAACCUACGAAGUCUACGGCUGAUUCCGCCAGUGCAACCCCAAAAGCUGCCCCAGCACCUUCUGCUCCAAAGCCUGGGACGCCGGCCGUAGCGUCUUCUGCCCUUGCUGCAAAACCUGCCGUACCUCAAAAACCGGGCUCUGCGUAUCCGGCUCAUCACACAUCUACGAUUGACGUAUCGGCCAACCCAGUCCACCCCUCUACCAAUAAACCAAUUCUUUCUACAGAUCUAGAUUCGGAUUUCCCUACAGAAGAUGACAAGCCCUGGCGAAGACCAGGCUCAGAUAUUAAUGACUAUUUCAACUAUGGAUUCGACGAGUUUACAUGGGCGAGUUAUUGUCUAAAACAGCAGGGCCUGCGAAAAGACAUAAACGACCAAAAGACCCAGAUGGAGGACAUGCAGGCAUUCCUCAAUCUCCCUGGAGGCCUACCGGGAAUGCCCGGCGGGCCAACCCCAUCUCUACCCGGCGUAAUACCUGGAGCAGUCACCGGCGGAGGGGGAGGGGGAGGUGGCCGAGGCACCCCAGGCCCGCCUCAGGGAGCUGGGCCGGGACCCCAGAACGCAAUGCCAGGAAUGCCGCCAGGAAUGCCGGAGCUAUCCCCUGACAUGAUGCAGGCCGUGUUCGGGGGAAUGAUGGCUCAAGGCAUGGACCCGUCGUCGAUGGACCCGAUGACGUUCAUGCAGCAUGCUCAAGCUAUGAUGGGAGGCGGCCAGCCCGGCGCUGGUACAUCGCAAGUCUCCCAAGCAGGAUAUGGAGGCCAGGCGUCUGGACAAGGGUUUUCCGGACAGGGUGGUGGCCAGGAGCAGAUGGGAUAUGGAGGCUAUGACCAGCAUGGGCCCUACGGCGCCGGUGCAAGGGGGAAAGGCAUGAGGAGAUGGUAG